UAUAUAACGGCUAACGCCUUAACCCUCGCGUAAGAAGUCAGCCAACACACCAAGACAGAACACAAACUCAAUGGCAACUCCAACCACGCCUUUCUCCACAACCUUAAACCCCUCGAAAACCUUAAACCCUAACACUCUCUCAUCCUUCCCCCAAUCAAAUCUCUCAACCUUAAAACCAACAGCCCUCAAAUCGAAAAAUCUCACAAGAAUCUCCGCAUCAACAAUGUCCAACCAGAAUCAGAAAGUGUGUCUCGAAUCUUCGAGCAACAAACAGAGGAGAGAACAAGUGAUGGAAGCUAUUAAGUCUGUUGGUCUGGAUAAUUGCUUGUCGGAAACUAAUCUCCACUUGUCUGUUCCUUCUCUUAAGUCGAAAACUCGAGGCAAGGUUCGAGAUAUUUAUGAUGCGGGGGAUUAUCUUGUUUUGGUCACAACAGAUCGCCAAAGUGCCUUUGAUAGAGUUCUUGCUUCAAUUCCCUUCAAAGGCCAGGUACUCAAUGAAGCAAGUUUAUGGUGGUUCGGCCAAACUGAACACAUAACUCCGAAUGCAAUAGUAUCAUCCCCAGAUAAGAAUGUCUCAAUUGCAAAAAAAUGUUCAGUUUUUCCUGUUGAGUUUGUUGUAAGAGGUUAUGUGACUGGAAGUACUGAUACAUCCUUAUGGACGGUAUACAAAAACGGCGUGAGGAAUUACUGUGGAAAUAUACUACCAGAUGACUUGGUAAAAAGCCAAAGAUUACCAGCAAACAUACUUACUCCGACAACUAAGGCUGCAGAUCAUGAUGUGCCCGUAACUCCAGAUGAGAUAGUGAAAAGGGGGCUGAUGACUCAAGAUGAAUACGAUGAAGCAAGUACAAAAGCACUAAGCUUAUUUGAAUAUGGACAGCGUGUAGCAUCAGAACAUGGUCUCAUUCUGGUAGACACGAAAUAUGAGUUUGGAAAGAGUAGGGAUGGUACAGUUAUGCUGAUUGAUGAGGUUCAUACUCCUGACUCAAGCAGAUAUUGGAUUGCUCAUUCUUAUGAGGAACGCUUCAAAAAUGGCCUUGAACCUGAAAAUGUUGACAAGGAAUUUCUGAGGUUGUGGUUCAAGGAUAAUUGCAAUCCCUAUGAGGACGAGGUUCUUCCUGCUGCACCAGAAGAACUUGUUACUGAAUUGGCUUGGCGAUACAUUUUCUUGUUUGAGACGAUAACAAAAUCGAAAUUCCAGAUACCCAUGAUUAAGGAACCAAUACAUGACAGGAUCUCUCGAAAUGUUUCACAAGCUCUGUCUUCUCUACAAUAGUAGCAUCGAACGAAAACUGCUGAAUGCAUUCAGCACAUGUUGUGAUAAUAUUAGUAUACAAAUGAUGAGAUACUGCACAGCUGAUUGAAGCUGUGCGAAAUAAUUUACUAGUUCGAGCGGUGAAACUAAUUUUUUCAAGUGGCCGAAAGAAAUUUUGUUAGGAUUUGUUACUUUUUAGCCCUGGUGGGCUAGAAAAGAUUAACAUUGUGUACUUGGUCAUGUUCGCUUGUGUCUGAGAUUGGAUAUUGGAAAUGUUCUGCUAAACUUAUUUUUCAGGAAUAAGGACUUAUCUAUGAAGAAAAGUAUAUGAAAUUCUA